AUGGCUGACAAUGAACCCCCGAAGAAAAAAUACAGAAAACUAGACUCGGACAAGUCCUCAGAGUCCGAAGACGACAACUAUGUGCCCUACGUUCCGGUAAAAGAACGCAGGAAACAACAAUUACUAAAAAUAGGUCGGUUGGGACAGCUUAAAGACGCCGACCAAAAUAAACAGUCCAGCGAAAAUGAGCUCGGUGACGAAGAGGAAGAAGACGAAAUUUGGGGACGCAAAAAUAACAUUCCCUUGCUGGACCAGCACAACGAGCUGCGUAAGAUGGCUGAAGCUAAAAAAGUGAGCGCAGCUGAGCGUCAGUUGAAGAAGGAAGAGGAAAUUUUGGAAAUUGUUGCUGAAAAGAAAGCUUUGAUGGGGGUAUCCGAGUUGGCUAAAGGUAUUCAGUACAAUGACCCAAUCAAAACUAGUUGGAGACCUCCAAGGUAUAUUUUAUCAAUGCCAUAUACUAGACAUGAAGCUCUCAGAGCUCAAUUGAGAAUCCUGGUUGAAGGUGAAGAAAUACCACCCCCCUUGAAAACUUUCAGAGAUAUGAAGCUUCAUGAAGCCAUAUUAGAAGGACUUAAACAAAAACACAUCAAAAAACCUACCCCAAUCCAAAUACAAGGAAUUCCAACAGUCCUUUCUGGUAGAGACAUGAUUGGUAUAGCAUUUACUGGUUCAGGAAAAACUUUAGUUUUUGUACUUCCACUCAUAAUGUUUUGCUUAGAACAAGAAGUAAAAAUGCCUUUUAUAAAAAACGAAGGGCCUUACGGAUUAGUUAUUUGCCCUUCCAGAGAAUUGGCUAAGCAAACUUUUGAUAUUAUUCAAUAUUUUUGUGGACAUACAAGCAAAAAAGGGUUACCCCAAAUCAGAAGCUGCCUCUGCAUUGGUGGGGUACCAGUAAAUGAAGCGAUAGAAACAAUUCAAAAAGGCGUACACAUAAUGGUAGCAACCCCUGGAAGAUUAAUGGACAUGCUAGAAAAAAAAAUUGUAAAACUAUCUGUUUGCAGAUACUUAUGUAUGGAUGAAGCUGAUAGAAUGAUCGAUUUAGGUUUUGAAGAAGAUGUUCGUACAAUUUUCUCAUAUUUUAACGGUCAAAGACAAACCUUACUUUUCUCAGCUACUAUGCCUAAAAAAAUUCAAAACUUUGCUAGAUCAGCCCUAGUGAAACCUGUUACAAUCAAUGUAGGCAGAGCUGGAGCGGCUUCAAUAAAUGUUACCCAAGAAGUGGAAUAUGUAAAACAAGAAGCCAAAAUCGUUUAUUUAUUGGAGUGCCUUCAAAAAACUCCACCACCAGUAUUAAUAUUCGCUGAAAAAAAACAAGAUGUUGAUGCAAUACAUGAGUAUUUGCUUUUAAAGGGUGUUGAAGCAGUGGCCAUACAUGGAGGCAAAGAUCAAGAAGAACGUUCCAAGGCUGUAGAAGCUUUUAGGAAGCAAGAAAAAGAUGUUCUCGUAGCCACAGAUGUUGCUUCAAAAGGUCUAGACUUUCCAGAAAUCCAACACGUAAUCAACUAUGACAUGCCUGAUGAUGUUGAGAAUUAUGUGCACAGAAUUGGACGUACUGGGCGGUCAGCCAACAAAGGACUGGCUACUACGUUUAUCAAUAAGUCUAAUGACGAAAUGGUUCUGCUGGAUUUGAAGCAUUUGCUAAUUGAGGCUAAACAAAGAGUCCCAGCCUUCUUAUCAGAAAUUUGUCCUGAAAGUGAGAAAUACUUGGAAGUUGGUGAUGAAAGGGGCUGCAGUUAUUGUGGCGGUUUGGGUCAUAGGAUUACUGAUUGUCCUAAAUUGGAAGCGCAACAGAACAAGCAAGCUUCGAAUAUUGGACGGAGGGAUUAUUUGUCUAAUACUGCUGCAGAUUAUUAG